AGACCCUGGAAAGGGUGUUUUUUUUUGUUGUUGUUGUUGUUUUUUUUGUUUGUUUUUUUAUGGAGAGGUCACGCCCUUCCCCCAUCUGCCUAUAUAACGGGCUUCCUUCCUCCCACAGGUGGUUGCCCCUCCCUCUCCUGAGAUGUCAGGGAGGAGACUACCUGUAUCCUACACAGGGGCCCCACACAGCCUGGGGGCCCCCAGUCCCAGAGUGAGGAGGUGGAGGUGCUGUUGACAGGUGUGCAAGCCAUGCUCCCUCGCCACUCCUGCUCUCUCCUCCUUUUCCUUUUCCUUCUCCCCAGCGUCCCCAUGGAGCCCCACCCCCCAUCCUCCACCCUGCCCCCAUUUCUGGCCCCUGAGUGGGACCUCUUGUCUCCCCGAGUGGCCCUGUCAAGGGGCGCCCCUGCCGGGCCCCCUCUCCUGUUCCUGCUGGAGGCCGGGGCCUAUGGAGAGCCGGCAGGGGCCCCAGCCAACCGCAGCCGGCGCGGGGUGAGUGAGACGGCGCCCGCAAGCCGCAGGGGUGAGCUGGCAGUGUGCGACGCAGUGAGUGGCUGGGUGACCGACCGGCGGACAGCUGUGGACUUGCGUGGGCGCGAGGUGGAGGUGCUGGGCGAGGUGCCUGCGGCAGGUGGCAGUCCCCUGCGUCAGUACUUCUUCGAGACACGCUGCAAGGCCGAAAGCGCUGGGGAAGGUGGCCCAGGUGUGGGCGGAGGGGGUUGUCGCGGCGUGGAUCGGAGGCACUGGCUCUCAGAAUGCAAGGCUAAGCAGUCCUAUGUCCGGGCGUUGACUGCAGACUCCCAGGGCCGCGUGGGCUGGCGCUGGAUUCGGAUCGACACAGCUUGCGUCUGUACGCUCCUCAGCCGAACAGGCCGGGCCUGAGGUCCAGGCUUGGGAACUGCCCAGGUUGAGGGGGAAAAAAAAAAAGCUGGAAGCUGAAAGGACCACAGGAGUGGCCCGGCUGCUCUACCGUGCCUUCUGACUAGGAACUGAAAUAACCAAAGAAUCAAAUCUUAGUCCGUGUGGAAUGUAUGAUGAAACCAAAUGAGGUUUUAAGUGAUGAAUAGGAGUUCUCCCAGAGGAACUUGAGAUUAAUAAUAAUAGCCAAUGUUUACUAUCUACUGUUUAUCAGACCUACUAUAUAACUCUGGCAACCAUUUUAACAUCAGAGGACCCUGGCUCAUCCUGGCAAGAGGGAUGAGGAAAGAACGCGUGAAAAAGGGACGUAUGAGCCCAGGCUAGGCCUCAGUCAGUAGGCUGUUUCUGGUUGCCUAGCACGCACACAGACUUGGGCUCUAUCCUGAGCACCAUAUCAUAAACCAUGUAUGGUGGUACUCACCUGCAAGUAAAAGCAGGUAGAUGAGGAAGGAGUUCAUGGCCAUCCUUAGCUACAUAGGGAGUUUGAAACCAGCCUUGUCUAUAUGAGAAUAUUUCUUUCUUUCUUUUCUUUUUUUUCGUUUUUCUUUUCUUUUCUUU